AUUCCCGCACGCUGCAGCUUCCCGGUCAGACGAAUUUCUCCCAAUCGGAUGAAGUUCACCCUGGGCCUGGGGUCGCGGGCGUGGAGAGUGUCCUGGGAACGGGCGACAGAGGCGGGGGCAAGUCCUGGGGCGGGCAGUGGCGCGCUCCGCAGCGGCGCACUGCGCGUCUCCAGCCCGCGGCCCGCCCGCCGCGGAUCUAGGCUCGCGCACGCCCUCCCUCUAUGCCUCUCCGGCGGUGGCGGCGCCCGAGCUCUCCCGGACUGCUCCGGGCCCAGCCCCCGCCGCUCCGGCGCCAGGCAACUGGUUGGCUCACGCGCUAUGGAGCAGACCUACGGCGAAGUGAACCAGUUGGGCGGCGUGUUCGUCAAUGGCCGCCCCCUGCCCAACGCCAUCCGCUUGCGCAUUGUGGAAUUGGCACAGCUGGGCAUCCGACCCUGUGACAUCAGUCGGCAGCUUCGCGUCUCCCACGGCUGCGUGAGCAAGAUUCUGGCGCGCUACAAUGAGACGGGCUCCAUUUUACCCGGGGCCAUCGGGGGCAGCAAACCCCGCGUUACCACCCCCAACGUAGUAAAGCAUAUCCGGGACUACAAGCAGGGAGACCCCGGCAUCUUUGCCUGGGAGAUUCGCGACAGACUGCUGGCCGACGGCGUCUGCGACAAGUACAACGUACCCUCGGUGAGCUCCAUCAGUCGCAUCCUGCGCAACAAGAUUGGCAGCCUAGCGCAACCCGGGCCGUACGAGGCAAGUAAGCAGCCGCCGCCGCAACCUGCACUGCCUUAUAACCACAUCUACCAGUAUCCCUACCCCAGCCCGGUGUCGCCCACCGGCGCUAAGAUGGGUAGCCAUCCUGGGGUGCCGGGCUCGGCGGGCCACGUCAGCAUUCCGCGUUCAUGGCCCUCGGCACAUUCGGUCAGCAACAUCCUGGGCAUCCGGACGUUUAUGGAGCAAACAGGGGCCCUGGCCGGGAGCGAAGGCUCCGCCUAUUCCCCCAAGAUGGAAGAGUGGGCCAGCGUGAACCGCACGGCCUUCCCUGCCACCCCAGCAGUGAAUGGGCUGGAGAAACCUGCCUUGGAAGCGGACAUUAAAUAUACUCAGUCCGCCUCGGGCAUCUCGGCUGUAAGCGGCUUCCUCCCGGCCUGCGCUUACCCAGCCUCCAACCAGCACAGCGUGUAUAGCGCGCCAGGCGGCGGGUACCUUGCCCCAGGCCCGCCUUGGCCACCGGCGCAGGGACCCCCGCUGGCACCCCCAGGGGCCAGCGUCACAGUACAUGGCGGGGAGCUUGCCGCAGCAAUGACCUUCAAGCAUCCUAGCCGAGAAGUGGCCGACCGGAAGCCUUCCAGUCCAGGGGGCAAGGCCCCCGACGCCCUCAGUAGCUUACAUGGACUUACCAUCCCGGCCUCCACCUCCUAG